AGAGCUCCCCCUCCGCUUCGCAUAGACUGCCUCCUUCAUACUCCUAAUAUAUCCGACUUCCAAUCCUCAAACGAUUCAACCAAGCAUCAGAAGAAGGGCGCAAUCUGAGCUACCAUCAUGGCUUUCUCUUCUCGUCUCUUGUCCAAAUCCAAGCAGGUGCUUGGCAGUCAAAGUAUCUUACAUCAGGGGUAUGCCAUUCCUGUUUGUCACUUCGCAAAAGAGGCUGCUGAGCCUGCUCUGAAGGGAGAUGAAAUGCUGAAGAACAUAUUUCUGGAAGUGAAAAAGAAAUUUGAGACAGCAAUUGAUGUUUUCCGAAAAGAGAAGAUCACUAUUGAUCCAGAGGAUCCUGCUGCUGUAGCUCAAUACGCAAAGGUCAUGAAACAGGCCAGAGAGAAGGCAGAUUUAUUCUCAGAAUCAGAGCGAAUCAAAUACACCAUUCAGUCACGAACCCAAGACAUCCCCGAUGCAAGAACAUACUUGCUGACAUUGAAGGAUAUCCGGAUUAAGAGAGGUCUUAAUGAUGAGCUUGGUGCAGAAGCUAUGAUGUUUGAUGCACUGGAAAAGAUUGAGAAAGAAUUGAAGAAACCUCUCAUGAGGAAUGACAAGAAAGGAAUGUCUCUUCUUAUGGCUGAGUUUGACAAAAUCAAUCAAAAGAUUGGGAUACGGAGGGAGGAUCUGCCCAAGUACGAAGAGCAGUUGGAACUUAAAAUUUCCAAGGCACAAUUGGAAGACCUGAAGAAAGAUGCUCUUGAGGCAAUGGAAACUCAAAAGAAGCGUGAGGAGUUUAAAGACGAGGCAAUGGUGGAUACAAAGUCGUUAGACGUGAGAAACUUCCUGUAGAUUUGCAUAUCGCUUUCCAUAUGUUCUCUGGUUGAGAAAAAGCUGUCAACCGAAACUGAUUCGGCUGUUUUUGAACACCGGGAUACUUUAGCUUUAAUAAGAGAAGCACCUCUGGUAUUGGGAGUGCAUCAUUUGGCUGAUGUUACAUUGUCAGGUGAUAACUGGAUGGAUAUUGUCCCAAAACUUGCAUUCAAUCCCGUUUCCCAAUCACAACUAAGUUUCAUAUUUUUUUUCUCUUUUUCUUCUGAAUGUGUUUUUAGUGUUUGGUGUAGCUUGUGCGCCAGAAUUGUUUGAUCUUAUAAUAUUCAGUUGUCCUGAAACU